ACCAGCUGCGGCCGCUAGUGCUGCUGCCUGCUCGCCGGCUACUCCACGGGCCCGGGGGCUGGAGCGCGCCGGGGGACCCGAUCCACGCACAGCAGCGCCUGUCUCGCCGCCCCCCCACCCCUGGUUCAAUGGAUUUAACAAGUCAACCAGGUUCCUUAAAAGAUGACUUUAUUAAUCUGAAAGUUACUGACCAUUCUGGCACACAGAUAGAUGAAAUUGACAAUCUUAAAGAAGAACUAGAAAAAUGGAAGGAAAGGCUGGAAAAAGCUGAAAAACAAAAAGAUGAGCUCCUUCUUUUGAAACUAAGUGCUGAUGAAAAGAGAGACCAGGCACGAGAUGAGCUGAGAAAGAUAAUGGAUUUAGAAGAGGAGCAAUAUAAGGAGAGCAUGAUAAAAAAGGAAAACCAGGAGAGAAAUCUUACUGUAGUAAAGCAACAAAAUAUUGAGCUGCAGAGGGAGAUUCAGAAGCUCAAAGAUGACCUUGCAGCAAAGAGUUCAAAGCUUUCACAGGAUUUUCGGAUUAAAAGAGAGAUACCGAAAAAGAAAAUGAAGUUUACUAGGAUGGAAAAUGCUGAGAGUGAUGACACAUUUUUGAAUACUUGCUGCCUUUUUCACAUAGCUGCAAAAAUUCCAUUCAGAUUGCAGCAAAGACAAGCUCUUCUCACUUUUGAAGAGGAGGAUGUUGCCCAGACACUGAUAAGAAGAGGUAAGCAUACUGUGAGCCUGGAUAAUGAAAAGAUAGAGUUGAAAGCAAUGCCGGUUACACUAGAAACAGGAGUCAAAUUUGAGCUCCAUGUAACAAUUUCUGGAGAGAAGAUCAAUGUUUCUGAAGUACCACAUCUACCAAUACCCGAUGAGUGGAUCAGAGACAAAAUAGAACUGAAUUUCUACAAAUCCAAACAAGGAGGAGGAGAAGUAAAGGAUGUGAGAUAUGACAGAAGGUCUCGCACAGCCAUUAUUACAUUCCUCAAACCUGGAGUUGCUGACAACUGUGUGAGAUGUACAAAGCAUCCUUUCUGCAUAAAUGAAAAGCGCUUUAUGCUUUCUGUUUCCCCAAGCGUAGAAAAGCACUUGGAAAAAUUUCAGAUAUUUUCUGGGAUUUCCAAGAGGACCAUACUGCUGUCAGGAAUCCAAGAGGUUGAGGAGGAUGAGGAGAGCAUGCAGGACAUGAUUGAAAUUCAUUUUCAGAAGCCUAGCAAUGGCGGCGGGGAAAUCGAGAACAUCAAAUAUGUAGCAACAGGAACCAAACUAGCCUAUUUUGAGGACUUCUCAGUUACAAAGAAUGUUCUCCAGAAAGAUGAACACAGACUAGAGGACAAGAGGCUGGGCAGGUAUUAUCCUCUGAAAAUAUCUCUCUAUAGUGAACACGUCUUCACCUGUGUCUCGUCUGUUCUUGAUUUGUCCAUUUUUGAAGAUAAAUACAUUUUGGAAGAUCUGGUGCAGGAGCUUCAGAAGACUAUCCCAGCCUUGAGCUUCAGUCCUUUGCAAUCCAAUGGGCAAAUUUCUGUUCAAGGGUCAUUCCCAGCAAUCAAAUCACUAAAAGACAAUUUGUUAUUAAAAGCAAAUUCCCUUUCCAGGAAGGACAAGAGGGGAGAGAGAAAGCCGGAUCAAAGACCUAACAGCAGGACCGAGAAGCGUGGACUAUUUGUGGAGCCAAAUAAUACUUUUGUCCAUAAUGUAAACAGGGAAGAACAAGUGGUUGUCCUUGACACAGAUAUAUAUUGCUACAUGAAACAUUUUUUAUACAAGGAAAGUCUGGCAAAAUACAAUGUUGUAAGUCGUGGAGUCACAGAUGGUGAGAUCACCACAAUAUAUCUAGAAAAUGCCAGAGCAAAUUCUGAUUCUAGAGAAUUAGAAAGAGCCAAAGAGGGAAUUGAAGAUUUGUCUGCAAAACUUCAUUGCAGAUUACGUAAAGAAAGAUUCUCUCUUGAUGGCAACACCAGAUCCGAAAGGCUGAAAUAUAUAGAAGCAUUUGAGAGCAUAAAAUCCCGAUUCCCCAAAGUUCUGGUUAUUCCUUAUGAUACUCACAUUGAUGUGAUAGGAAGUUCCUCUGAGACAUAUGAGUUUACACAAGAAGUGAAUAGAACAGUAAAAAGCCACUUACAAAAGAGAUUCAGGAGGUAGGAGUCAUUUAGGUGAUGCCUGCAAGCUAGGACUUCCUGACAGUGACAUCUCUUACAUCAAAGUACAGUCUCCCAAGGGAGUUGGUAGAAGCCCUAUUGCUGGGGAUUUUUUAUAAAGGAUGUUUUGCACUUCUGUAACUUCCAGCGGAGGAUUUCAAAGCACUUUGCAAACUUCAAUUAAUUAGGGCCCAAUCCUGCUCCCAUUAGAGUUUUUCCAUUGACUCCACACGGCACCCUAAUAGUAUUAGGAGCCUCAUUUUACAUGUUGUGGCUCCUCUAUCAUUAAAAGAAAAUGCAGGCCCUUCUACAUCACUGCUGAUACAGUCCUACAAUAUGUGCACAGGCACUUCUCACAGUACAGGAAGCAUGGACACCAAGACAAAAGUCCCAAAUACUAACUUAAAUUUCAAACAUGUAGCAAAUGACCUGUUCAUGCAACUGGUGAAAUUAAAGUGUGUAGAAGUUAGUUUUCAUAGUGAAUGGACCAUCCCUGUUUUAUGGUUUUUACUCAUCACAAACGAGUGCCUCUUGUGGCUGUAUUAACAUACACUCUUUUUAUGCAAGUUUUUGUUUAAUAAAUCACUUAGUUUUACAUGUAAAACAUGUUUUGAUAAACUUUUUUCUUUCUAUAUGCAGCAAAUUUAAAGUAGUUUCAUUUAACCAAUAAAAAAAGUAAAUGCUGUUUUUGUGCAUUAAUUGAAUUCUAAUUUCCAUCCAAAUACAGCUUGACAAGAAUUAUGAGUAAAAAAUUCAUCAUAAUCUAGUAAAUAAAAAACAUGCACCAAUCACUAUUUUGUAACAAAAAAAUUGUGCCAAUUAGGAAUCUGA